GAGGUCUGUCAUUGUAAUGCAGCAAGCUGCGAUAAUGGUCAACUUCUCCGAACUAACUGAAGAUAAACGUUAAAUCCCCUUCACAUAACGGAUCGUGCUUUUAACGUCUUUUCCUGCGUUUCUUAAAAGUGAUCCACUGAUGUUUUCCUGCAUUGUCCCGCGAGAUCGAAAGCAGGACAGAGGGCUGCACUGAAGAAAUGGUGUAACGUUACCCAGCCAUCAUAUGGGCUUGAAGGAGAGUACCAUAUUUUUGCAGAAGGACAGAUGACUAUUGCAUUAAAUGCAUCGGAACGGUGCUGGAUCGCGUUUUUAUUUUUUAUGAGCCAACCUGCCAUUAGAUAAGCAGCACCGCGUGUCUAUAUAUAACACAGAUGUAACGUAGAACACUUCUAGAUAUUAUUUAUUACGAUUUACCUGCUGUGUUGUAAUUGUAAAUACUGCUGGGUCUUCUCUGGCUGUCGUUUUAGCCAAGCUCGCGAUGGGAAACUCAAUGACCCACCGCGCCGUUAUUGAGUUAACGAGAAACAGUAGGAGAGAGGGUGUUUGCAACCUCUUCCUUUCCUUUCAGACUGAACUGACAUCAUGUGGCUUGGGAACGAUAUAUGUUUGAGUUUCAUUACUUGCUAUUUCAUCUAGCAAUUUUGCGAAAUGCCUUGUUAACUGAGCCAGAGAGCGACAGCGGAACUAGAGGGUGCAUCCUGCGCAUCUAACGUUAGCUAAUAAACUUCACACUUAGCCAUUCCUUUGUUUUGAUUCUGACUCCGUCUUGGUUUUAAGCCAAGCAGCUGUUAGAAAACUCUCAAGUGUGUUAAAUCGCCUGAUAAUUUGGCGAUGACAGGGUUUUCGGACAGACUGUCGUCUGGAUUCACGAGAGUUUGAAGAACUUGUCCCUGACAGCGUCUCCAUCACAAGCUGUUGUGUAUCACCGGACACCUGCCAAAAAAUGGAGACGGUGGGAGACUUUGAAUACAGCCGAAAAGACCUCGUCGGACAUGGAGCCUUUGCGGUCGUUUUCAAGGGAAGACAUAAAAAGAAGACUGAUUGGGAGAUCGCCAUCAAGAGUAUUAACAAAAAGAAUCUCUCCAAAUCUCAGAUUCUGCUUGGCAAAGAAAUCAAAAUUUUAAAGGAACUCCAACAUGAGAACAUUGUGGCGCUCUAUGAUGUCCAGGAAACGCCAAGUUCUGUAUUUCUGGUUAUGGAGUACUGCAAUGGAGGAGACCUGGCAGACUAUUUGCAAGCCAAGGGCACUUUGCGAGAGGACACACUGAGGAUCUUUCUACAGCAGAUUGCAGCAGCCAUGCGCAUCCUCAACAGCAAGGGAAUCAUUCACAGAGACCUCAAACCUCAGAACAUCCUGCUGUCCUACACGGGCCGCAAGAAGUCCAGCAUCACCGGCAUACGCAUCAAGAUUGCUGAUUUUGGUUUUGCAAGAUAUCUCCAGAGCAACAUGAUGGCGGCCACAUUAUGUGGAUCCCCAAUGUACAUGGCUCCAGAGGUGAUCAUGUCCCAGAACUAUGAUGCCAGAGCUGACCUGUGGAGCAUUGGGACUGUCAUAUAUCAGUGCCUAGUAGGAAAGCCACCUUUCCAGGCUAACAGUCCACAGGACUUGAGGAUGUUCUAUGAGAAGAACAAGGCUUUGCUGCCAAACAUCCCGCGAGAGACGUCUCCUCAACUGGAAGACCUGCUGCUAGGGCUGCUCCAGAGGAACCAGAAGGAUCGCAUGGAUUUUGCCACUUUUUUCUGUCAUCCUUUCUUGGAACCGACAUCAACUAUUAAAAAAUCAUGCCCUGUGCCAGUGCCUACAUGCUCUGGUUUGGUCACAGACAGCACGUGUGGCAGCUCUCCUUCCUGUCGUUACGUCUCUCCGCCGUCCCUGCCAGACAUGCAGACUCUCCCCGAGGACGUGUUGUCCUCUCCACCUCUCGGUCCGCCCAACUACCUGCAGCUGUCCAAAGAGUCGGGCGGCAGCACCAGCAGCAAGAACUCCUCCUGUGACACUGACGACUUUGUGCUGGUGCCCCAUCUCUCUGGAGAACAGUCCUAUGACCUUCCAAUGGGAGCAGCGGGCCACAGGGCGUCCAGUGAAUUCCUUCUCUGUGGAGGGCCACCGCAGCCAUCCUCUGGACAGACCCUAAUGGUAUCUCCACGAAACGAGACCACGCCGAUACCUGUACCCACACAGGUACGAAACUACCAGCGUAUCAAACAGAACCUGUCCAGCAGCCCAACCACAACACUUUAUGGCUCUCCCAGGUCUGGCACAGUGCGGCGCUCCAACACAAGCCCCAUGGGCUUCCCUAAAAUGCUGUCUGGGUCACCUAGCCCUGCAGACACAGUUCAAACGGUGGGGCGACGUCUCUCUACAGGCAGUUCCCGGCCCUACUCCCCCUCUCCACAAGUGGGCACUAUUCCUGAGCAGCUCGGCCACUGCUGCUGUGGACAUCCCCAGAGCCACGAGGCACGCAGUCGCAGCUCCUCAGGCGGUUCCCCUGUGCCAUCCUCUCAAUUACUGGGCACUCGUCUUCAGAGUGCGCCCACACUGACUGAUAUUUACCAGAACAAACAGAAGCUACACAAGCAGCUGUCUGACCCGGUUUACCCCACCGCCUCAGCCUACCCCUGCAGCCACUCCCCUCAGCUUGGUCGCCCAGGCAACCUAGGCACCUCCCCAACCAAGCACCUUGGCUCCUCCCCUCGCACCUCUGACUGGUUAACAAAGUCACCGUUGCCCACCAUCAUUGGCUCACCUACUAAGGUUACCGCUCCAUUCAAAAUCCCUAAAACUCAAGCCUCAUGCAACCUUAUGGCCCUGGCCUCUCAACAGACUAUAGCCGACAGUCCCGCCCCAGUCAGGAUGCUGAUGGAUGGGCGUGACCUCUGUGCACAUCACUGCUCUGCAUAUCCCAGCAGCCGACAGUCUGCACCAGAAGCCAGCAAGACUCCCUUUGGCAGGUCUGUAAGUGCCGGCAGACUGUCUGAGCAGCCGGUUCGGAUCACUUUGGGAGGACAGCCGUUCCAGGGCAGCACAGACAGCCUCAACACAGAGAGACCCAUGGACACAGCCCCGGCUGUGACUUGUGGUUUGCCAGCAUGCGGGGCAAGUCCACGCACCGUUGUGUUCACUGUGGGCUCGCCCCCCAACAGCGGCACCCCACCCACCUGCAGCCAUCUCGCAUCCCGCCCGCGCACCACCUCAGUAGGCUCCAACAGCUCGGCCGGUUCGCUGUGCUCCACCAGUGGCAAGGUGUACACGGGCUCUCCCCCGGGCAUGACCAUUGGCAGCUCCCCACCAGGAGCGGAUGCGGCUCCCAGCAGUCUCCGCUACGUCCCUUACGGCACCUCCCCGCCCAGCUUGGAUGGAUUCAUCACCUUUGAAGCUCCAGAACUGCCAGAGGAGACACUGAUGGAGCGUGAGCACACAGACACCCUGAUCCACCUGAGGAUGAUGCUGUCCUUUACAGACUGUGUGCUGGAGAUUGCUUCUCUAUGGGCCGGAGGACCUGAUCUGGGUGCGUCCGCAGCAUCUCUCUAUCCGCGCCAGGACAGCGUGGUGGUGGAUCAGAUCAGUCAGCUCAGUAAGGAAUGGGGGCAGGUGGAGCAGCUGGUGCUGUACAUGAAAGCCGCACAGCUUCUGGCAUCCUCACUGCACCUGGCCAAAGCUCAGAUCAAAUCUGCCAAACUCAACCCAUCCUCGGCCGUCAAACAAGUGGUGAAGAGUCUGAACGAGCGCUACAAGAGCUGCAUUUCCCUGUGCCGCCGCCUCACAGUCAAACUCAACCACUUCUUCUCAGACAAGCAGCGAUUUGUGGACGAGAUCAACAGCGUAACAGCUGAGAAGCUCAUUUAUAACCAUGCUGUAGAGAUGGUGCAGUCGGCUGCACUAGAUGAGAUGUUUCAGCAGACAGAAGACAUCGCAUAUCGCUACAACAAAGCCUCCAUGCUGCUGGAAGGCCUAACCAAGAUCCUCCAGGACCCAGCUGAUAUAGAAAACGUCACCAAAUAUAAGGCAAGUGUGGACCGGAGGAUCUCAGCUUUGUGUUACUGCACCGUUACCCUGUAUGAAUAAAGAUCUGUAAAAUCUU